AUGUCGACGAUUGUUUCGGUUCUGUUCAUAUGUCUUAUUACUAUUGGGAUCGUUUAUGGACAAAAUCAUAUUACAGUAAUCAGUCAAGCAGAUGAUCCUAAUUGUGCAAAAUGUGACACUCGUGCUGUGUGCAUACGUUUAUCUAAUGGAAGUGGUGUCAGCUGUGUGUGUCUUCCGGGUUUUGCUCUUUCUCCAUCAACAGGACGUUGUGUGCUUCAAGAAAUACCACAAAAUGGAAUUUGCGACAGCCGUUAUGAAUGUUUUAAUGGAGGAUUUUGUUCAAAUGUAACAAAUAAAUGUGUAUGUUCAUCUGGCUAUGGAGGUUUGAUGUGUGAAUUAGAUAUAAAUGAAUGUGCUGCAAAUGAUCGAAUAUGUGGAUCAUUUAGUUGUACAAAUUUACCAGGAGAUUAUAAAUGUGAUUGUGAUUUUUUUCAUGCAGGAAAACGAUGUCAAAAUAUUAGUGGUAUUGGUUUAUUUGUAGUAAUCAUAUCAUCAAUUGUUGUAUUAUUAAUUAUUGGUUUUCUUAUUCUAUUUGGUAUUCGAACAUUUCUUGCAUAUCGAUUAUCAAAACGAGUUUCAAGAGAACGUGAACUUCAAUUACAAAAUCCAUGUAUGGCAACAUUAACAGCCGGUGGUAUGAUGGGAGAUGAUCCAUUAGGAAAUGGUUCAUCAUUUAUUCGUCCCAUAGGUCAUAGAAUAUAUGUUCCAAUGGAAACAAGUUUUGCUAAUGCAACACGUAUUCAAGCAGAACGAGAUGAUGAUGAUAAGAGACAGAUUCCACUACCACCGAAAUAUCAUUCUUAA